AUGUUUCCCACAGAAGAAGAGAAGAAAGCUGAUGGUGCAAGGUGUGGUGCAUUGUCUUUGCUUGGUUCUGUGUAUGAGUCUGGAGAUGAUGAAGAUGGCAUAACUGAGGAUGCACCUGAAGUGAAAAUUGACAAGCCUGAGGAAACUGUUGAUGCUGCAAGUGUGAGUGUUUCUCAUAAAUCAGAAGGAAAAGAACCUUCUGGAAAUGUUGCUGCAAGAGAUGAACUUGUUUCCAGCAAUAUAUGUCCUCCAAAGAAAAAAGUUCAUGUUAUAAAACGGAACCGUAGCAUUAGUACAGUUAAGUGUGGAACUAUAACUGGGAUAAAGAAAGAAGGGGAUGCAGCUGCCAAUAAGUCUCAGACUCCUGCUGUGCAGCCUGGCACAUCUAAAAUUGCACUACCAAUUUUGGAGCCUCCAUCUGAUUUAAAGAGAGUGGUUGAAAAGAUUGUUGAGUUCAUUUUGAAAAAUGGCAAAGAAUUUGAAGCUGUUCUUGUUGAACCGGAUCGUAAAUUUGGAAGAUUUCCCUUCCUCCUGCCUUCUAACCAGUAUCAUCCUUACUAUUUAGAAGUCCUGCAGAAAACUCAGGAGGCCAAGUUACCUGGCAAGGGCCAUGUUUCUGAGAAGCGGCUUUCAGUAGACAAAAAAAAGGCACUCUCUAAAGAAGGUGAUACCAUCUCCUCUGGAUCUGCUGGGCAUGAUCUACAGUAUGAUUAUGAUAGGAAAGAGAAGUUUAAGAUGGUAAUUGGAAAGUCAAAGAAGGAUGAACAAGAUCCACCUGCCAAGUCUAACCUGCCACAUGUUGGACUCAGUGUGGAUGCAGUUGCAGCUAUUCUUAAAGCUGCCACAAGGGGAAUUAAGAAUCCAGGUCUAGAAAUGUUUCCUAAACCAUCAUCCAGUGGUCAAGGCCCCAGCGAUGAGGGUGGGUAUUCCUCAAGCUUUGGGAGUCUCCAUGCAUCUCAACGUCAAAGCUCCAUCAAUAAGCUAGAUGAGAACAGGGAGCCAAGUGUUUCUGUUCCUGUCGCCAAGGCUAUUGCUGAGACAGCUGCACUUGCUGCUGCUAGUGAAGCUGAUUCUUCUGAAGCGUCCUUGACUAGAGAACAGAAGUUGAAGGCUGAGAGAUUGAAAAGGGCAAAGAUGUUUGCAGCCAUGUUAAAAGGUGGAGCUGCCCCUUUAAGAACCGAACCAUCACGUGGUUUAUCAGUUGAGCCCCCCGGGACAGUGGUUUCUUCAGGUAAUGAGGGUACGAACCUUGCAAACAAAGAGAGGGAAGGCAGUUCAGUCCCAUUUGAAGUUGAUACUUCUGAUAAGAAUGAAAUAUCUGAAAAGAAGAUUUCUGUUGAUGAAUGUAAUGAACGGAGAUCAAAGAGGAGCUACCGUUCCAGAUCUAAAAGACAUGAAGAGGACGAAGAACAAGAUCACGAAGAUGAUGCUGAUGAUGAUGAUGAACAGGGGAAAGAAGAAGAAGAAGAUAAAAGGGGACGCAAGCACUCAAGGAAGAAGCACCGGGCUCAUCGAUCUUCACACCAUGGUAAGAACAGGCAUAAGCACCGGAAAAGGCAUUCCUCCUCCAAAGCUAGUGAAUCUCAAUACCACAAUAACUCCUCUGAUGAUGAAAUCUGGCCCUCUAAACUGUCAAAACAUCACAGUCCCUCUGAUAGUGAGCAUUCUCGACACCAGCAUAAACAUGUUCGUUCAUCCGAUGAUGAACAUCAGCAUUCUCGAUGGCACCAUAAGCAUGGUGGCUCCUCUGAAGACGAGCACAGGCAUACUAGGCGACAUAAACAUCACAGCUCCUCUGAUGGUGAGAAUCACCACAGAAGUAGGUCUACAAAACAUAGGAAAUCCCGAUCUAAAAGAGAAUUGGAAUUAGAAGAAGGGGAAAUAUGUGCAAAAUCAGAUCAAUCUAAAGCUAGUGAAAGUGAACGUGCUAGUAGGGAGGCUUCUGUGGAUUUGUCAAAAUCAUAUCGACAUGGAAAGGCUCCAUUUCAGCCAUCUGAAUCGACUGAGGUUUCGGAUGAGCUUAGAGCCAAAAUUCGAGCCAUGUUGAGGGAAACCUUGUAGCAAAUAUUUUGUUUAUUGCGUUGUAAUAUCAAUUAGCCAAACUUUUAUGCUAAUGAGGUUAGAUAGGAUU